UUGGAAGCGCUGCUCGGCGCCCGCCUCCGAAUGGCCCGGUAUGUCCACCAGGCCUCCAUGCUCUUCCCUCAGGUCCAGCGCCUGCGCUAUAAUGCGGACGGGACGUCGGUCGAGGUCGACCCCCGCUCUGCUCUCCGCGACGCCAUUGCCCGCUCUGGAGUCCCCGCUUGGACCACAGCCGGCGCCCACACCUCCCCCACGCCCACCGCCAUCCGCUGGGGCCCUCACACCCCCGACGCUCCCACUGCCUCACUGUUCGUCGACAUUGACGACGACGCUGCCUUCGCCACCACCCGCAAGCUCAAUAACACGCGCCUCAUCUUCGACAACGGCCCGCGCGCCUGCCUCAUGGCGUGCGUCGCUCCCCACCGCCCCCAGUGCCAGAACUGCCAGAAGUUCGGGCAUGUGGCUCUGCGCUGCCGCGCGCCUCCGGCGUGUGGCAUCUGCGCUGGCGCCCACCACUCGCACGACCAC